AUUUGGAUUAUUAUUCACUGGUAGUGUACAUGGUAGGAAAAUUUGCUGGGACUCAACAUGGUUCAAUACAUCUGUUACAUUGAGAAAUGGAUCAAAUUAUGAACACCAACCAGCAAGUGUCUUAAAUAAGAUUUGCGCUGGCGAAUCGAUAAUUGCUGCAGAGUGUAGAGAUGACAAGCUCGAGUCCUUCAGUUUAAUACUGAAUAGUACAGUUAAUCAUUACGUAGCAGUAUGCAAUCAAGUUAUUGGGCUUAUUUGUCAGCCUUAUCCACAUAUUCUGUACGCAAGUUGUCCAGACUUUGCUAUUCGAUACGGUUGCCAGUGUCCAUCAGUAACAUCGACCGUGGGAAGUCAUCUUCGUCUUGAAGAUGCUAUAGAGGUCAAGUGUACAGCAUCACACUGGAAUAUAUCUGUCAACAUGAGUCGCUUGCAGAUGAAGUACCAUUCAGUCAAACCAGCUGAUCUAUUUUUAGGCUCGGAGAAAUGUCAAGGUCAUCUUGAUAACUCCUUUUUGCUUUUUCAACAAAGCUUCAACACGUGUUCCACCUCUGAAAAAUUUAAUACUGACAUGAAUAUUUACAAAAACAACCUUUUCUACAUUGUAUUCGACCCUGUUCGUCCAUAUGUGGUUCUGAAACACGAGUGGACUUUUAAUGUGGAAUGUGACGUCAAUGCCAAUGAAGUAACGUCAUCGCACGUGGAACAUAUUCCGGAAGUACAUAAUGCCUCGUUUACAAGUCACUACCAAUUAUCUAUGACGUAUUUUAGUGACGUUAACUUUUUAAACCGUAUUUCCGGAAAUCCCCUAAAGGUGGUACUUGGCGAAAAUGUAUUCGUUAAAGUGUUCACUACAUUGCCUGAUUGGGAUACAAAAAUGAUACUAGAAACGUGUUUCACGAGGCCAUCAGGAACAAACACAUCAGCUAUGGAUGUCACUUUGAUAAACCAAGGAUGCGAAGUUGACAGAAACACACAUAUCAUCUCGCAGUCUACCCAUGAGACAAGAUUUGUGUACAAAGAUUUCAAGUAUUUCAAUAACAAUGGUGGACUUGACAUAUUCUGUAACGCAACAUUCUGUCACACUUCCGACUUUUCCGCACGGUGUACCCAAGCCUGUACACACACAGUCACGUGAAAUGGAUCAAAAUGAAGACGCCAUAUGAAAUGUAUAUGUCUAAAUCUGAAAACUUAAAUUACCUUUAUUUUUUGACAAAAUAUAUUUCAAAGUUAAAAAUGUAGGUAAUUUGCAGAAUACGACCCCAUAAGACGAUUUGUUUUCGCUUAGUUUAUUGUUAAGUUUUAUAUAAGAGACCUAUGAAACAUUCUUUAUGACGGUCAAAUUACUUUAUAUGUAAAUGUAAUGAUAUACACCGUUGAUUUGUG